GGCACACAAAAAUGUUUAGCCCAUCCCAUCUCAAAACCUUGCACCUUCUUCAAGUUUUCUCAGUAAAAUCAUCAUCACCAUCUUCAAGCUUAAGCUCCAUGAAGCUAAAAAGAAUCAUCCACACCCUCAUAGUCUCCCACAUGUGCCGAAUUAUUCGUGCACUCUCUAAAGUCAAAGCUGUUAUAGUUGAGAUUUUUAAGGACAACCCAACCAUUCACUUCCCAUACCCUUCUCAGAAAAAGCAUUGCAACACACGGAAGAAGAAGAUCAUUAUGGGUUCCUUCAGGCUUCACUAUAACUGGUGCUCUUCCAAAUCCUCUCACGUUUUGCCUGUUCCAGAACCUGUUUAUGAAGGGUUGUUUGCUACUCAUUUGUGCCACGACUCAACAACACCUGAGCAACAAGGUGGUGAUGAUUGCCCUGAGUCACAGCUUGCAGGGUACCUACGUUGGCUUGAGGAGAAGAAGGUUCAAGAUGAUAAUAAUGGUGCAAACAAUGAGAAGGAAAUGAAUGAGAUUGAUAUGCUAGCAGAAAUGUUCAUUGCAAAUUGCCAUGAGAAGUUCAAGUUGGAAAAGCAAGAGUCUGAUAGAAGGUUUCAAGAAAUGCUUGCUCGAAGCAUGUAAACAAGAUCAAAUUGCUUCGGUGGUUUGUUUUGAAAGUUCACUCACUUGUUGUUCUGCUUUUUCCAACAUUCAAAUUCAGUUUGUUAAUUACUUGGGAAAUUAAGCUUUAUCCAUCGGGUGUAUUGAGGGAUUUCAUUUAUGGUCAUAUUUUCCUUUUUCUUUUCUUUUUUUUCCAACUUUUCAGAAGAUGAAAGCUGGUUUGAAGAAUUGUACUUAAUGGGAUGGGCUAGGAAAUUGUACAAUUCUUCUGUUGACAAUCACAUGGUGGUUUUAACUUUUAAUUU